GCGCCGGGACGACGCGGCCGGCUCCGGAGCCCUUUGUGAGGGCUGCGGGCUGCGCCAGACGGCGACACGAUGAGCGGCUCGGGCGGGGCGGCGGCGGCGGCCGUCAGCUCCGCGCCGCCCGCGCAGGACGAGGGCAUGACGUGGUGGUACCGCUGGCUGUGUCGCCUGUCGGGGGUGCUGGGGGCCGUCUCUUGCGCCAUCUCGGGCCUCUUCAACUGCAUCACCAUCCACCCUCUGAACAUCGCGGCCGGCGUGUGGAUGAUCAUGAAUGCUUUCAUCCUGUUGCUCUGCGAGGCGCCCUUCUGCUGCCAGUUCAUUGAGUUUGCGAACACGGUGGCGGAGAAGGUGGACCGGCUGCGCUCCUGGCAGAAGGCUGUCUUCUACUGCGGGAUGGCUGUCAUUCCCGUCGUCAUCAGCCUGACCCUGACCACGCUGCUGGGCAAUGCCAUCGCGUUCGCCACCGGGGUGUUGUAUGGACUCUCUGCUCUGGGCAAGAAGGGCGAUGCCAUCUCCUACGCCAGGAUCCAGCAGCAGAAGCAGCAGGGGGAUGAGGAGAAGCUCACGGACACCCUGGAGGGGGAGCUGUAAUGUGAGCUUCCGGCUUGCUCCUGUGGUUCUGUGUGGACACGCCCUGCAGGGAUGAGGCCUGGAGCAUUGAC